GUUCAAAGCUGCCCUCCUUAUUUCUCUCUCUCUCUCUCUACCCUUUCCGGCGUCGCCGUUGCCACCGGCGGCGAUCUCACUCCUUCCUCUGUCGGUUUUCUGACCAAUCUAUCCCUAUCUGCCCUUCCCUCUCCUCUCUCUAUCUAUAUCACUCUAUUCAGAAAAACAAAAAGAAAAUCAAACAAAAAAUUCCAAAUUUCGAGAGGGUUUCGUUGUCUUCUAUCUCAAUUUUCAUGCUAUCAAGGGUUUGAUUACUAUAUAUUCCGAAUAAGAAGAGGAGAGGGAAGAGGAAGAAAAAAGAAAAAAAUUAAUUUUUUUUAAAAUUAAAAAAAAAUUAGGGUUUUGGUCUUUGAUUGAGAUGGCACAGGUUCAGGUUCAGCCUCAGGUGGUGAAUUCUGGUGGGAACCAGUUCGUUGCAAUUUAUGUUGGAGAUCUUGAGGUGAAUGUAACCGAUUCGCAGGUAUACGAUCUGUUUAACCAGCUGGGUCAGGUGGUUUCGGUUCGAGUAUGCAGGGACUUGGCUAGCGGAAGGUCACUUGGUUACGGUUAUGUUAAUUAUAGCAAUCCAAUUGAUGCUGCGAGGGCAUUGGAGGUGCUGAACUUCACUCCUCUUAAUGGGAAACCCAUUAGGAUAAUGUAUUCUUAUCGCGACCCUAGCAUACGGAGAAGUGGGGCUGCGAAUAUAUUUAUUAAGAAUUUGGACAAGGCAAUUGACCACAAAGCACUACAUGACACCUUUUCUACAUUUGGGAACAUUCUUUCUUGCAAGGUAGCUACUGACUCCUCUGGUCAGUCAAAAGGCUAUGGUUUUGUGCAAUAUGGCACUGACGAAGCAGCCCAAGAAGCUAUUGAAAAGCUGAAUGGUAUGCUAUUGAAUGAUAAGCAAGUAUAUGUAGGACCCUUUGUUCGCAAGCAGGAAAGAGAAAUGGAUGUGGACAAGACAAAGUUUACUAAUGUCUAUGUAAAGAAUCUGUCCGAAUCAACAAACGAAGAGGAUCUAAGUAAAAUAUUUGGUGAUUUUGGAAAAAUCACCAGUGUCGCAGUGAUGAGAGAUGUGGAUGGAAACUCAAAGUGUUUUGGCUUUGUCAACUUUGAAAAUGCGGAGGAUGCUGCUAGCUCUGUGGAGGUUCUUAAUGGACAAAAAUUUGAUAACAAGGAGUGGUAUGUAGGAAAAGCCCAAAAGAAAUCUGAGAGAGAGCAUGAACUGAAACUUCGAUUUGAGCAAAGUGUGAAGGAGGCAGUUGACAAAUCACAAGGGAUGAACCUAUACAUUAAAAAUUUAGAUGAUAGCAUUGAUGAUGAUAAGUUUAAGGAAAUGUUCUCUCCGUUUGGCACGAUAACUUCAUGCAAGGUUAUGCGAGACACAAGCGGAAUAAGUAGAGGAUCAGGGUUUGUUUCAUUUUCAUCUCCUGAAGAGGCUUCUAGAGCACUUUUGGAGAUGAAUGGCAAGAUGAUUGUUAGCAAACCUCUAUAUGUUGCACUUGCACAGCGAAAAGAAGAGAGAAGAGCAAAGUUGCAGGCACAAUUUUCUCAAAUGCGUCCAACUGCAAUGGCACCUGCAGUCGCUCCUCGUAUGCCAAUGUACCCCCCUGCUGGUCCAGGUUUGGGACAACAGUUAUUCUACGGACAAGCACCUCCUUCUAUCAUCCCUCCCCAACCUGGUUUUGGGUAUCAGCAGCAACUUGUUCCUGGUAUGAGGCCUGCUGUUGCUCCCAUGCCAAAUUUCUUUAUGCCACUAGUUCAUCAGGGGCAGCAGGGUUUCCGUCCUGGUGGCAGACGUGCAGGACCUGUUCCAGCACAGCGGAGCCAACAGCCAGUUGCACUAAUGCAGCAGCAGUUGCUUCCUAGGGGACGUGCAUAUCGUUACCCUCAAGGGCGUGGCAUGCCUGAUGUUUCCAUGCUGGGUAUAGCUGGAGGCAUGUUUCCUGUUCCAUAUGAGACUGGUGGCAUGCCGUUGCAUGAUGCAGCAACAACUCAGUCCAUUCCAACUGGGGCUUUGGCUUCUGCCCUGGCAAAUGCUACUGCUGCAGAACAGAGGACGAUGCUGGGUGAAAAUUUGUACCCGCUUGUGGAACAGCUUGAGCCUGGUAUGGCAGCUAAAGUUACUGGCAUGAUUCUGGAGAUGGAUCAGACGGAGGUUUUGCACUUGCUUGAAUCCCCGGAAGCUCUGACCGCAAAAGUUUCCGAGGCAAUGGAUGUCCUGAGGAAUGUUACUCAGCAGCAGCAUGCAACCAGCCCUGCUGAUCAGUUGGCCUCAUUGUCGUUGAACGAUGGCAUUGUUUCCUGAAUGCAUGCACUUAAAAUGAUACUACACAUUCUCGUGACUGCUUUUCCGUACAUUGGGUGAGACUUCGAUUUUUUUUCGAGUUUUGUGGUGGGAGUGCGCUGAUUUUGUUAUGACCUCUGCACUAUUCUGUUUUGUGUUUGUUUUUAAGACCGUGAUGAUACAUGUGCCUUGUGUCUUGCCUUCAUCUAAUGCUUUUACUAAUGUGGAACAGUGUUCAAUUUGGUAUGUCCAAUGGCUACAAUUUUAUUUUUUUUUGGUGGAUAUUGAAAUAAAAGGAUGAUACAGAGGAGAACAUUCAGAGAUCAUCAUUGACAGACUCUCAUUUACUAGUGGGAUUAU